GACACCCAAAAAAACAAAAAAGCCCCAACCCUGUUCUUGUUUAUUUAGUCUCUGGCGCUGAAGCCGCCGCUCGUCGCGUGAGUCUGAGUCCUCAGCGCCGAGGGUCACGUGGGCCGUUUGACUGAGGACGCCGCGGCUCAUCCAGACUCUCAGGCUCCGGCGGCCUCCCUCUCUUCCAGUCCAGGAGGCCGGUGGCGUACGUGCCGCCUCCCUCCCCCGCCCUGAGAUGGCGCCCUCCCUGGUCACGGCCUUCUCCCGCCGCUGGUGGAUGGCGGUGACGGCGGUCAUCGAGAACCUGCUGUUCUCCGCCGUGCUGCUGGGCUGGGGCUCCCUGCUCAUCAUGCUGAAGUCGGAGGGCUUCUACUCCUACAUGUGCCGAGGGCCGAGUAACGUCUCCGUGCUCGACUUCUCCAACGCCUCCACCUCGGCGCCGCCCGACCACGAGGAGUACCUGGAGAUGAACGGCUGGCCCAUCUGCAAGGACCAGGACGAGAUGCUGAACCUGGCCUUCACCGUGGGCUCCUUCCUGCUGUCGGCCAUCACGCUGCCCAUGGGCAUCGUCAUGGACAAGUACGGCCCGCGGAAGCUUCGACUUCUGGGCAGCGCCUGCUUCGCCUUCUCCUGCCUCCUCAUCGCCUACGCCGCCAACGACCCCAACAAUCUGUCCAUCAUUAUCUUCUUUGCUUUGGCGAUGAACGGGUUCGGAGGCAUGUGCCUGACCUUCACGUCUCUGACCCUCCCCAACAUGUUCGGAGACCUGCGGUCGACCUUCAUCGCUCUGAUGAUCGGAUCCUACGCCUCCUCGGCGGUCACCUUCCCCGGCAUCAAGGUGAUCUACGAUCUGGGCGCCACCUUCAUCAUCAUCCUGGUGGUCUGGGCCGCCUGCGCCUGCCUCGUCUUCUUCAACUGCUUCAUCAACUGGCCUCUGGAACCCUUCCCCGGGCCGGAGGACAUGGACUACACGGUGAAGAUCAAGUUCAGCUGGCUGGGCUUCGACCACAAGAUCACGGGGAAGCAGUUCUACCGCCAGGUGACCACCGUGGGGCGCCGCCUCAGCGUGGGCAACUCCAUGAAGCAGCGGCGGCCGGCCGACCUGGCCUCGCAGGAGGCCAACAAGCUGUGCCUCUCCACCGUGGACCUGGAGGUGAAGUCCAAGGCCCAGGAGGAGACUCAGUCCUUCAUGAAAAGCGUCCUCAGCCCCAUCUUCAUGCUCAGCCUCAUCACCAUGUGCGUCACCCAGCUGCGCCUCAUCUUCUACAUGGGCGCCAUGAACACCAUCCUGGAGUCCCUGACAGAGGGGGACCUCAGCACAGUGGAGAAGAUGCAAGUGGUGAGUGUCUACACCUCCAUCUUCGGCAUGCUCCAGCUGCUGUGUCUGGUCACCUCCCCCGUCAUCGGCUACGUCAUGGACUGGAAGCUCAAGGACUGCGAGGACGACGGCGACAAGGGCGGCAAGAGGGAGCCGGGUCAGCCCCGUCGGCCCGACAAACGGAUCCAGAAGAUCGUGAACGCCACCAGAGCCUUCGUCUUCACCAACCUGCUGCUGGUCGGCUUCGGCUUCAGCUGCAUCGUCCAGAACCUCCCGCUGCAGAUUCUGUCCUUCGUCCUGCACACCAUCGUCCGGGGCUUCAUCCACUCGGCAGUGGGAGGCCUGUACGCUGCUGUGUACCCGUCCUCUCAGUUCGGCAGCCUGACCGGGAUGCAGUCGCUCAUCAGCGCUCUGUUCGCGCUGCUGCAGCAGCCGCUGUUCAUGGCCAUGGUGGGCCCGCUGGAGGGAGACCCGCUCUGGGUGAACGUGGGCCUGCUGGUGCUGAGCCUGCUGGGCUUCUGCCUGCCGCUCUACCUGCUGUGCCACAGCCGACACCUGCGGCGCCUCCGGGACGAGAGGGACGACGACCCCAAGAUCUACGCCAAGGCCGGCGGCCACGACGCCAAGACCGAGGCCUUCGUCUAGAGGGGGCGGAGCUACGAGAGAGAGAGGGAGAGAGGAUGAGAGAGAGAGAGGGGGAGAGAAAGAGAGACAUCCACACCAUUUCAUUGCCGGUCUUUUAUUGGUUCGAUAUGACGACACACCACUGUGACCCCCGGUCUCACCUUCUCUGAUGCUACACACUGUGACACACACACACACACACACCGGCGCUGAGAGCUCCCACUCCCUCGAAGGACUUCUGCCGGUUAAAAAAAGUCAAACAUAUACGAAAUAUAGCGACGAUGAUGAUGAUGAUGAUGAAGAUGAUGUUGAUGAAGAUGCCAGCCAAUGAAAACCAGGAGACGGCGUCUGGUAAAAAGCCGUCUCACGUGGACUGACUGUGGUAACCGUGACGACCUCCGUGUCUUAGUAUGUGUUCUUUUUUUUGGGGGGGGGGGCAAACAGACACACACUCAGCUGAGUCGCCACUUCCUGUCGUGGACAGCUGGGAUUCGAACACCCGACCUGUGGGUCAGGAAAGCACUGCAGCGGCAUCUCUGUGUGUGUGUGAGGAAACACUGCAUGAUGCCAGAGACACACACACACACAUUCGCACACACACUUACACACACUUACACACACUUACACACACAUACUCGCACAUACACACACACACACACACUCUGUCCUCGUAGCAAUAAGUUCUGUGAGGUUCUGGGUCGUUUUCUUUUCUAUUUUCUCUGGAUCUAUGAAUUUAAGGUGCUUUCGAACACGUUUCCGUCCAGGCGUUUUAUUUCGGCGGCGGCGCCGCGGCCUCCAGGGGAACCGGGCGCCGCCGGGGGGGGGGGCGUUGACGACGCUCGCGGUAAACUCACACGGGCGCCUCCAAAGACAGCCAUGACGCUCACGCUGCCCCUCUGUGUGCACACGACGUGGGAGGAGCCAAGUCCCCCCCCCUUCAUCACCUUCAUCUAUCCACACAUAUAAAUGUUCACCUGAGACAAGAUGCCCCCUCACCCCCCCCCCUCACCCCCCCCCACCGAAACUAAUGAACGGCACGCGAUGCACUUUAGACGUCCAGAGGAAGAGUAAACAAAUAAAUAAAUAAAAGGACCUCAGUCGAGUGAAAGAAUGUAAAAACUGUAGAGACGAUGUAAUUGUUUUAUACUCACAGAUUUUAAGGGAUUUAAACCUCUCUCACACACACACACAGAUGUUUAUUAUAUCGCCUUUAACUGCAUCUUGUCUCUCAGUUCUACGAACAUUACACACCAGUAAAUAUCGUCAGUGAUUAUUAAAAUGUGUUUAGAUGACGCGAAGGUGGAAAAACUAAACGUUUUAUUGCACAAGAAACAACGUGUCUACAUUACUAUGGAAUGCUUUUAUUACAAAGAUGAAAAGACACUUUUUUAAGGUGUGUAAAUUUAACUUUUUAUUGAUCCAAAAUUAUUGACAUUGUCGUAUCUUAUGAAAUCCAGACGUCCUUUAAUGGACUUUUAUCAAACUUUGUUCGCGUGACGCUGAUUGCUUUUGUGGCGGGAAAACGAAACAAAAGAAAAUCUCGUAUUCAUUAAAUAUUACAUUACAUUACAUUACAUGUCAUUUAGCAGACGCUUUUAUCCAAAGCGACUUACA